AAUCGAUAUCAUUCAUUCAUCUCAACUUCAUCAUUAAACAUUCAAUCCAACAAUUAAUUAAAAUGGCAUUCAAGUUCGUUGUUUUGUGCUCAGUCUUGGCUGUUGCCAGCGCUGGAAUCAUCGCUGAACCAUCAUAUUCUUCAUACUCAGCACCAGCUCAUUCAUCAUCAUUCACAAAGACUCUUUCUUACACCGAACCAAAGGCUGCUUAUGUUGCUUCACCAGCUGUAGCUACAUACUCAUCAUAUGAUCCCCAUCAUUAUCAACCAACUCAUUCCGUCAUUGCCACACCCCACUACGAACAUGGACAAUCAGAACAAAGCAUUGUAAGAUCAGCUCAUGGAACAGUCAGCCAAAUUUCAAAGUCAGUUGAUACACCAACAUCUUCAGUCCGUAAAUACGUAAACACAAAGACCAAUGAUGGAUACAAGACAGUCUCAUAUGCUCCAGCUUAUGUUCAACAGCCAGCUACUUAUGUCCAUCAACCAGCUACCACAUACGUAAGCCAACCAGCUACUACAUACGUUCAAGCUCCAGUCCAAAAGACAUACAUCAGCCAACCAACAACUUAUGUCCAACAACCAGCUAUCCAAAAGACUUACAUCAACCAACCAGCUACAUAUGUCCAACAACCAGCUACAACAUACAUUCAACAAGCUCCAGUCCAAAAGACAUACGUCAGUCAACCAGCUGUAUAUGCUCAAUCCGCUCCAGUUGUUGCUACAAAGGUUCACUAUAGCCCAGCUGUUGAAGUAGCCCAUUUCAGCUACGAAUCACCAAUUUCCCACUAUGCCUGGUAA